CAGGAUAUCAUCGAGAAGAUUAUGUCCUUCACGCAGAAUGGUUCUCGUGAGAUCUGCGUUUUGUCAGCAACCGGUGCGGUUUUUAAUCUCAUGAUUCGAUCGCUCGGCUCUAACAGAAGAGUCCUGACGUUCAAGGAUCGUUAUGAGAUAAUCUCGCUGACCAACACAAUUGAGAUAACUGAAAGUGGAGGAGCGAGAAAUGAUACAGGAGGAUGGCGUAUUACAAUCGGUGGAGUUGAUGGUUGUGUCUUUGGUGGUAAUUUAGUCGGUCGACUCACUGCUGCAAGUCAGGUUCAGGUUGUGAUUGGAAGUUUCUGGCCGUUGAUCGCAAACCCGUCUCUGAGGAAGAAAGAUACGUCCACAUCUGUGCUUGUAACACCGACAGUACCAAACGCAGGUGGUUCCUCAUCCGCAGGACAAGUCCAUCAACCAGAAAUGAGAGAUUCUUCUCACUUUUCAACGGCAAGUGGUACAUGCAAUAUUCUGGAUAUAACCCGUAAUCUCAUCUGA